CCAAAAACUCCACCCAAACACAAAACUAGAAAGAUACCCAAAGAAAGCCUCAUUAACACUGCCAUUACUAGGUACACAAGAACCGCACCAUCAUCCUCCUUUCCCCUUUCAUCUUCUCUUCCUGAACGAACCAAACUAGGGUUUUCCAGUUUUUUGCCAUUCUGGUGAUCAAUUUCUCUUUUGGAACUGAUCGAUAUCCGUUUACAGCCCCCUUUCUUUUGUUAAAUUCGAAAGAAAGUUAGCUCAAUUCCUCAAAAAUGGGAAGAGGCAAGGUUCAGCUGAAGCGGAUCGAGAACAAGAUCAGCAGACAAGUAACAUUCUCGAAGCGAAGGACAGGAUUGCUCAAGAAAGCUCAUGAGAUCUCAGUUCUGUGUGAUGCUGAGGUAGCUUUGAUUGUCUUCUCCACCAAAGGCAAGCUCUUUGAGUACGCUACCGAUUCCAGCAUGGAGGGGAUCCUGGAGCGAUAUGAACAAUACUCGUAUGCAGAAAGGCAGAGCAUGGGCGUUCCUGCUUCUGAAUCACAGGGAAACUGGUCCAUGGAAUUUCCCAAGCUUACGGCAAGGAUUGAAAUCUUACAAAGGAAAAUAAGGAAUUACACGGGAGAGGAUUUAGACCCCUUAAGCUUGAGGGAGCUUCAAAGUUUGGAGCAACAGAUUGAUACAGCUCUUAAGCGCGUGCGAGCAAGAAAGAACCAAGUAAUGCAUGAAUCCAUUUCAGAGAUGCAGAAAAAGCACAGGACACUGCAAGAGCAAAACAACUCGCUAGCAAAGAAGCUGAAGGAGAAUGAAAAGCUUCUGCAGGAAGAACCUAAUAAUAAUCAGCAGCCAAACCCCUCAACCCUCGUCUUAAUGCCGCCACUGCAAGCUACAUCACCACCAGCCCUACUCUCUUCUCUAACUAUUGGUGGGGCUUUCCAGGGAAGAGGAGACGCAAUGGAUGAAGAUGCUGAGGAUCAUCAGGGAAGCGCUCAAACUCGGCCUGCCAGUAACACACUCAUGCCACCAUGGAUGGUUCGCCAUUUGAAUAAAUGAUGCAUGCAGAUUACAUCAGAAAUAUAUAUAUAUCCUAUUGUUUAAUUUGGGAUGUUCAUCAACUGCAAGAUUCAUCAAGGCAUCACUAGAUUUAAUUUACCUCUCUAGUCUCUACUCUGUACCAUGUAAAGGAAUAAGAACAAGAAUGUUUCUUGCAAAAUGAAAUUGCAAUAAUCUAACCAUGUUUUGUUCAAAUUUUGA